AUGGCGCUCAGUGCUAUUAGGUUCUUUCGUUCUCCUGUUUAUCUACGAUAUAUGUUUUACAGUACUGAAAGUGCAGCAACAGUAACACACACCGGCCAGACGUUUUCACAUAAUGACCCGUCAGUGGCACGUUUUACCAUCAGUGACAAAUUGGUCAAUAAACAGUUCGCAGAAAAGCUGAUUGCAGAAGUUCCCCCGAUUGCUUGCAAAGAAAAUGUCAUCAGCUGCGAUGGCGGUAGUGGUGCACUUGGGCAUCCAAAAGUGUACAUUAACUUAAACUGGAAGAACACCUUGAAACGAACUCACAAACACGGGAAAACGAAUGCCCAAAUAUUAACGACAAAAGCUUUUCCCUCCUGUCGAUCAAGACUGGAAAUUCCUGGAUCAUUGUUUCAACUAGAUGCAACGCCAUUAGCGAAGAACCGCCAGCUUCCAUAAAAGUUGCAUGCCAAUCAGUUAUUUUCGUUCUACCUAACCCAAGAGACUCAUUCCACAUGGCAAUGAUUUUAGACUUGGCGGAAAUUGAAGAUUUAAAAAAGUUAUAUGGUCUGUACACCAAUUUUCCGUGUGAUGAAAUCGGUAAAGAAUGAUUCGAAAAUACAAAAUGUGUAGGAAGCCAGGGUUGAGGAAUCGGAGCGAAAGUUAACUUUAUUUUUUUGAGAAUAUGUGAUUUGAUUCCUUUCACAUAACUGUUAUUUGAAAAUACUGAAGGCCUUUUAGAAGAUUUAUGGGAAUAAGGUUUAAUCUCAAUGAAUGAAAUGAUAGAGUUACGAUCAUUCGAUCCUUCAAAAAGUUGACAUCUACAAUUUCCGAUCUUGAUGCUUGGUAAUUUACACGUUUUGAUGACAUGUUCUAAACGUUCUAAACAAAUUUGGUAUCCAAAUCGUUUGAUUGUACGGUCUUUUCUUCCUAAAAACCAUAAACACUUUCCACAUCCACCAUAGUGGACCAAAUCAGAAGUAGGCCAUGUACUCUGAGAAGGUAGUUGUGAAAGGGCGUACCGAAAUUCUUGAGUAGUAACAGUUGAUUCUUUAGGACGUAAUAUAUGAAACCCACCAUACUUACGAGAUAGUUCCAAUUCCCAAACAUUAUCCAUAUUAGAUGGUAUUAAUGAAAAACUGGUCCCUAGCAUCGGAAACCCAAGAGGUGAAGAUCCGCAUAAAGGAGGCGGACAUUCGCAGUGAAUGUCAUUGUUGAUGUGAUUUUCGUCAGAUGAACUGACUCUAAACAAAAAGGCCCACGAGGAGACUUCUGUAGUUCCAUAAAUAUUAAAGAGGAUAGAUUUGUGAUUUUUAAGACUACUGAGAUCAUUUAAAGGAAAUGGUUCUCCUCCAAGU